GUGAGGCGGCACUUCCGGUUGGGGGAGGAAACGCUUCCGGAUCACACGGCGCCUCAGCUGGGGCUUCCCAGCAGGUGGGUGAGAGAGACCCCGGACCCUCGCCGUUCCUUCUUCCCUGCUUGCCAGCGAGGGGAGACGAGGGGGGGGAUAUGGGGCGGGGCCGGCCUGCGGUUCGGGGAGCCGUGGGGCGGGGUGGGAGUGCCAGGGGCAGCGCUUGGGUAAUGGAGGGAGCGAGCAAACCCGGGGGAAGGAAAUAACCGCCGCACACUCUCCUUUUGCAGAGGUGGCAGCAGCCUCUCUCUAACUGACAGGUCGCCCGCUGAUUAUGUCCCCACCUCACAGAACAGAGGCUUAUUGUGUUUGGUAUUUUUGAAAAUAUGUUUCUUACGUUUCCGAAGCAUAGGUGCUGGUGGGCUGAGGAAAAGAACAGGAUCUUUGAAAUUGGGGUGUUUCAGCCAAGUGAGAAUAUGGAGGUCAGAGGGAGUGAAAGGCGAGAGGUGGUGGUGGGGGAUCUGGGAGGUAACCGGGGAUAACGGAGAGGCAGAGUCCACGAAGCAGCUAGAGAUUGGGGGCUGUGGCAUAAGAGUUGGAAGGGACCACAAGGAUCAUCCAGUCCAACCCCCUGCAAUGCAGGAAUCUUUUUGCUCAAAUGUGGGGCUGGAAUAAUCCCAUGAACCCUUGAGAUGAAGUGUCUACCAGCUGAGCCACUGGUUGGGCAGUGGUCCAGGGUGAUAACUGGUCCAAAUCUCCAGGCUGCCAUAAAGGGUUCUUAGGGAUUUGAGGCCAAUCGCUGUAUUUCAGCCCAACUUACCUGGUAGAGUUGUUUUCAGAAUGAAAUAGGCAAGGAGGAGAACUGCCUAUGCCAUCUUGAGGCCCCUGGAAGAAAGGUGGGCCAAUAAACAUAUGGGGUUUUAUCCAAUGCUAGUCCGACUCUCAGAUUUGAGAGGCUACCUGAGUGUUUUUUUGGGGGUGGGGCAGCUGUUCUGGUCACUUAAUGUUGACCAGAGCUAACCCAUUGAGAUUAAUGAAUCUAAGUCUGCAGAUUUGCUAGAAUAGAAAAUCAGUAACAUCAAAUUCUUCUACAUGUCUAUUAGGAAAUAAGUCCUACUAUAUUCACUUCAUCUUGCUCCUGGGUAAGUGUUCAUAGGAUUGCUGCCUGAGUUAUAUAAAUUAAAAUGGACAGGGUAGGUGAUAUCUAUGUAUCUACCUAUACUGUAUCUUGUUUAUUUGGGAGCAGGAAGCAGUUUGAGAAGAGAGACACCCAGGUAGUAAAGAUGCUAUGCAUGAUCUCCUCAAAGAACUGUCUGAAAUGUUAAUGCCCUAUUGCAAAGUACCGUAACUUGGAAAUGAGUAAACAACAUAACAGUACAUCCCAGUGACAUUAUAUAUAAUGUACUAAAAUACUAAGGAUUUCAGUUCUUACUGUAUGUGAAUAGUUUAUUUUUAGUUGGCAUGUCUAUUGAAACCUUUAUUACUGUUACUAUUAUGUUUAGAUCUCAGUCCAAGUGGAAUUAAAUAGGAGUAAGCCCUUUUAAUUUAGUUGUGUUGCAGCGAGGGUAUUCAGGAAGAACAGCAGGGUAUAAAUGUUUUAUGUGAGUAAAUAAAACCACUGGACCUUAUUUCCAAAUAAACAAACAUGGGAUUGGGCUGCACAUCAAAAGUUUUAAGUAAUAAAUGCAAAACUAAUUUUCAUUUUUGUCUUGGGGAACUGUAUGGAGCCUUCCUUGCUCGGGCUGUUGAAAAAAUAUGUGAUAUAGUCAACACAUUAGUACUGCAACACUGCUGCUGUGAAGAGGAGGCAGAAGUGAUUACUUGUUAAGACACCUUCCCCUCCCACUUCUCUGUCUUUCACCACUUUCUUCCCAGCCAGCUGAGAGUUAAUACGCACAGAGGAAUUGAGAAAGAAAUGCUGGCUGUUACUCAUUUGCACAUGCUGUAUUGCCUAUUAACUAAAUGUAAACGUUGAAGUUAAAAACCAAGCAAAAAAAGUAGGACAGGGGAGAAGGAAAUUAAAACAGGGAUUGACAUUCCUUUGGCAGUAGUGAAGGUUAUUGUAUAUGCAUGCUUAUCCAACCUUUCCUCUUCAUAAACUCAGAGCAGGACUGCAGCCUCACAACAACCCUGUGAGGUAAGUUAGGCUGUGAGAGACUGUGUGACUUGCCCAAUGCUAGUGAUUUCAGUUUGGGGGCCCCAAUUCCACCCUGCUAAUGGGAAAGUACUUCUGGGGUACAGGAUCUGAUUUUUUAUUUUGGGAUGGUGACUCUGGUAGGAUUGUUGCAUAAAUUCUCCCUAUAUAUAACAUGCUGCCUCCCACUUACCUUUGCCUCUCUUCUCUUUUGCACCCUCCUUCUCUGCCUGUGUUUGCUGGACAGCAUGUCGGUUUUCCGCUCAGGCCUGCUGGUUCUGACAUCACCACUGUCAGCACUUUCCUUGCGUCUGGUACCCAUUCUCGCCUCAGCUGCCCGGCUGGUACAAGACACGCUCUAUAUUCACCUGCAGCCAGGGCUCAGCUUGACCGGCUCCACACAGCCCCGUUCCACAUAUGUCCCUGCUACAUCUGAGGUGUACACCCUUAUCAGCAAGUUAUAUGCCAACGCCGACAUCCAUCGCCACCUCAAUGUCCGGGUGCUGCUCACCAACAUCCUCAACCAGGGAGCUGCUCCUCCGGCACUUGGCUCUGUGCAGAACCUCUCCCAACCUCCUGAAGUGGUGCUUACUGACUUUGAAACCAGAGAUGGAGGGCAAUCCAAUCCAGUCAAGCAGCGGCUGGAGCGUUACGCUACCAGCUGCUACAGCUGUCGCCCGAAUCUCAUCUCUGUUUUGUUGUACCCUGAGUAUGAGCUAGAAGUCAGCAACGAGGAGCUGUCCGCACAGCAUGAGACCAACGCAACUGAGGAGCCACUGCAGAGCUAUAGUGAUGUCGUCGUAGGGGGCACUUUCGAUAGACUUCACAACGGUCACAAGAUCCUUCUGAGCGUGAGCUGCAUGUUGGCAGAAAAUCGGCUUGUGGUGGGCGUCUCGGACAGAGAUCUCCUGGAAAGUGGGUCCCUUUGAACCAUGUAUGCCCUUUCUCCAAGGUCCCAUAAAGCUAUUGAUGGCUACUAGCCAUGAUGGCUAUGCUCUUUCUCCACUGCUGGAGGUGGUAAUGCUACUGAAACUGUAGAAGGGCAGAGCACUCUUGUCAUGAUUUCAAGUUUCCCACAUGUAUCUGGUUGGCCAUUGUGAGAAAAGGAUGCUGGACUAGAUAGGCUAGUGGGCUGAUCCAGCAGGCACUUUGUAGAUUCUUAUGUAAUGCUACUUAAACAAACCAAGAGCACUGAAUGAGCAAAUGCUGUGACUAGAAUCCGGGCUGGAAAACCCCAGAAUUGGGUGAGAGAGUGAGCGGGAUAAUUCCCUUGUUGCCUAGACAUUUAUUUUGGUGCUUAGGAACUUAAAACAUUUUCUAGCCCUGACUGAAACUAUUGCUUACCAGUUAGUUACAUUUCCAGGCCUUGAAAAAAGAAUUCAGAUUAUCUAAACAUUAGCAACAAAUGUUUAAGAAUUGGUCUAACAGGAUGAAGAAAUAUUCCAAGUCCUUAAAUACUACCCAGAGACUUUCAUAUGCCUGGGAUAUUUUUGACCCUACAACAUCUUUUCUGUUUUGAUAUGAGCUGGAUAAUUUUGGUUUUCUCUCUUCUUGUAGAUCAGAAAUUUAAUCCUUCUGUUUUUUCAGAGGCUAGGAUGUGAAUUUGGAAAUGAGGCUGUUGAGCCACAAGAUAAAGGCCCAGUUCACACACAGCAUUAAACCAAGACAUGGAUAAAUGUGAACAUGCAGAUAGUGGUACUCACAGGAAAAAUCACAGCUGCUAAGCUCUUCCUCUGGUCCUGCUGUGCUCUCCAGAGCUAGUUUGGUUUAGCGGUACAUCUAAACUCAAGCUUAACCACAAGCAGUAAACCAAGAACACGGAUAGGCUUGUUUUUAAAAAUAGGACUUGAACAUCCUACACACAUGAUUGCCCGGGCAUACAAAACUUACAGCUGAUAUCUAGGAAUUUGAAAUAUUUUUUUCAAACUUGUUAAAACUAAUGUUUUAAAAAUUGAUGUUGGAUCCUAGGGUUUGUUGCUGUUUUUUACUCACACUUGGCUAUGGUUUAUAAAGGUGAAGGGAUAAAGUCCAGUGAUGCUUAAAAAUAUGUUUGGCACUCUGCCAAACAUAAUUUAUCAGGGUGAUUUUUCUAAAGCUUCUAAUAGCUUUGCAUAAUUUGUUUUGCUGAUGUUUGCAACUGUGGAGUGUCCCUGUUCCCAAAAACUCCAGGUUUGCUUUGGUUGGAAUAGCAAGCAGAUCUGAAUAGGAUUUUGGUAGAACGGGAUAGAAGCCUCUUGCGGAAACUACAGCGCAAACAGCUCAGCCUACCUGUCUCUGCUGCACAGGACAGGAACUGUAGGUAGGAAGCUGCCUUAUAGCAAGUGGAGCUAUUUGUUUGUCUACUCUAGACCAACAUUAUCUAUUAGGAAUGACACAACUCCCCAGGGUCUCAAGCUGAGGCCUUUCACGUCACCUGCUGCCUGAUCUUUCUUUAACUAAAGAUGCUAAGGAUUGAACCUAGGAUCUUCUGCAUUGCCAUACAUGUGCUCUGUCACUGAGCUGUAGGAAGAACCACCUGAAAUCCUGCAUGUUCCCUUUCUCUGGCCACACACAAACUGGAAAAGACAGAACAUGCAAAGAGGAUUCUGCCAAAGCCCUUGUCAAGAUCUUGCACUUUAGUUCUCAUUUGUUUGUCCCAAGCCCUGCACACAUAUAGGCAACAAGACAGGAAAAGCUAAAGCAAGCACUGGAGAACUGUAAGUGGGAGCUAUAACAGAGCUCGCUUAUACUUCUUAGGAUUCAUCACAGAUGCACCUAUGUUACUCUGAUGUGAUAAAUUAUUGGGUAAGAUGAGCCUUUUAAUUGCUAGCUCAGCAAAACACACAACCCCUCAAACUUGUAUAUUUUUAACCAGCCUGGGAUUUUGUUUUUCCUAUAAGCUUUGGGUGCCUCUUACACACAGCAGGAGACACAGUGAGGUGGCAGGUCUUAUCAGGCUCAAAAUACAUCUGUCUGUGAUGGAUAGUUUGCCCUUUUCUGUAAGCCGCUUGGUGUGAUAGCAUCCUUGUGCCUGACAGAUACUAUGUUGGAUGUUGGCAGCUAGAUUAACUGGUGUGUGUGAGGCAUCUCUACAGCACAUGUGGGAGAACUUACUGGGCUCUUUGCACAUUCCUAAAAAUGUCAUCUUUCCCCCUUCCUUCUUUCGCCACUUGCAGCCAAGAUGCUGAAAGAGCUGAUCUUGCCCUUUGAGCAGCGUGUGGCUCAGCUCAGUGAAUUCCUGGUGGACAUCAAGCCCUCCCUGCGGUAUGAAAUCUCCCCCCUGUUUGACUACUUUGGCCCGUCCAUCACUGACAGCAAACUGAAGUGCAUCAUAGUCAGCGAAGAGACCCUCAAGGGUGGUCUUGCCGUCAACAGGAGGAGGGUGGAAAAUGUAAGUGUGCUGGGAGCCCCAGCCUUGUAAACAAAUUGGAUCAUCAAUAAGUUUGGGGGUGCAUGAAAUAAACAGAGGCUUUUCUGCCAUGGACAGGCUGAACCUCCAUAUAUUUACAGUAUCUCAUCUCUUUUUAAAUCCAUUCUUGCUAGCAUCCUGCGAUGGUGAGUGCCAUCUGCUAAAUUCUGACCUCCAUUCCUAACAUAUAGUCUCUCGGUCAGCCCAGUGUUCUGGCACUGCUUGUGUUUAUUUUCCUUUGAGUCACAAUGAUUUUUGCUCAGAGAAGAUUUGCUCUAGGGGCAUACGAAUGGUCCAGCUGGAUCAGGCAAACAAACAGUGUGGCUUGGCUUCCUGUUUAUCAACCGUGGCCAUGUAUAUGCCUCAACAUAUCUGCUCAGAAAUAUUGCUAGUUUGGAAUUUAAUCUCCUUAAUCAAAGUGGCUAGAUGUAGGAAGCGUUUGGCCUUCUUUCUUCAGUGUGCAGCCUGGUUCACAUUCUUGAGAAAAAUCUCAAACUGCUCUGUAUAAGGGCCUCUUUCGGCUCUGUGCUUGUAGCAAUCUGAACUGAGAACAUAGAUAUCCCUGCCGGAGUUGGACUAGAUGUCCUUUUAGACUUUUUCAACCCCGAUUUGAUAAAUCCAAUAGAGGGCAUAAAGGAACAUCCAUCCCUAUGUUGUUAAUUUAUUGCAGCUGGUAGUUGGCUGUAUAUUGCCUCUGAAAAUGGAAGUUCUGUUUCUAACGAUGAGGGUUUAGUAGCCACCAAUCGGCUGCUCUUGCAUUUACUUAAUUCUCUUAAGAACCCCUGUGUUUUAGCUGGCACUGCACCAUCCUGGGCAAUGAAUUCCAUAAGGUCAGAGAUGUAUUGGGUGAAGAAGUAUUUUUCAUUCUGUAUGUAAAAGAGCUUAAGGUCUCUAAAGUUGCACACUCCAAGUUGCAUAACUAUACAGAUCUCAAGCUUUUGGGAGGUGUUGAUAUUUUUUUUAAAAAAUAGUCUCCUGUCCUAGUUUGUUGUCUUAGACAUUUCAAAAUAUUAAACAUAAUUUAGCUACCCCUUUCUCACCACUGAGGCAGAAAAACCAGUCACCGGGGAGAGGCAGUAUAGUGUGGUGGUGGGAGUGUCAAGACUGGGACUGAUGGGACCUGGGCUCUAAUCCUUACUCCAUCAUGAAAUACAGUUGGGUGACUGUAUUUCCCUCAGCUUAACCCACUGUUGUAAUAAAUGUGGGAUGUAAAUACAAUAACUGGGUCAAAGGAAGGAUUCUCGCACGUUUUCAAAACCUGCUUAUAGGUGAACUUCAGAUUCACAUCCGUGUUAGUCGCUGGGAAUGAUGGAGCCAGGAAGUUAACUAGCAAUCUGCUAAUGUGCAGCACACAAGCCUGAUUUUGUUGGAGUAAGUUUAGGUGCAGGCUGUGUUUCAAGGAGCAGCAGAAUCUACCCUGCAGCUGGUUGCCAAACUGUGGCAGAGAGAAGGCCCUCUGGUUUCCUUUCUCACUGUUGCUCCUCCUUCUUCACUGGCCCAUGCUCUGUUGCAGGGUCUCCCUGAGCUGGCUGUCCACAUCAUCAAACUGGCCCUUGACCCCCUGCAUGGCAGGAAUGAGGAAGAGAAGAUCAGCUCUUCUAGCCUGCGGUACAGGCUGCUUGGGACUCUGUUACACCCCCCACAUGUGAGUAAUAAACUGGAUAGGUUAUGGGUUGGCUAGAUGGGGUUGUUGGAUCUCCAGGAGGAGGCUUACUUGCAAGAAUAAUGAGGUGGAGGGAGAAAAGACGACACAUAUAGGGUAAGGAGCAAAUUCUGAUUUUCAGCCAGGAAGGCUGCUUUUUGUCUGGCCUGCUAAGUGGGCAGAGACUGGAGGUGAGUUAGUUUAACAUCCCUCCUUCCCCAUCUUAUGAACUCUAGGCACUGUUUCUUCCUCUCUGUCUUUCCCUUUCCACCUUUCCUCCUCUGUGUGCUGCUUGAGAGGGAUUAGAGGACUCAAGGAUGGGGAGCAUACAUGCAAGAUCAGGGGCCUCAUGUGUCAUCAAGUGUGGUCAGGGGCGUAGGAAGGGGGGAGCUGUGUGGGCACGCCACCCUGGGUGUCAUUACGGAGGGGGAUGACAUUCAGCGCGCUGGCCGCCCGCAACUCCCAAGCCUCCCCGAGCCGUCAGGGUAAGGGGGGAGCUAUGCUGCUUUGCUGGCGGCAUUCCCCCUUCCCCCUUUGUUUUGACAGCUUGGGGGAUGCUUGGGAGUCGCAGGCGGGUGGCUUGCCGAAUGUCUGCCAUGAGCGCCUCACUCUGCCCCUGGCUGCAGGAUGCAUGUGCCGCUCCGGGCAUAUGCUCUGCCACUGAGUGUGGUAAACACAGACAGUGGCAGACAAACUCCCCAGAUAAAGAGGAUGCUGCCCACAGAAGACAGUGCAGAACUUGGAAUGUCCGUCUGAGUCAACAUGAGCAGAAGUUUGCCUGGUGACAGGCCUUUCAGUGUUACAACAGUGCUGUAGGAUGAGCCCAUGGAACAAUGGCUGCCACAUCUCUGCUGUAACGUCUUAGAGUGGCUCAGCGUGAGCAGCAACAGUUAUAACAACAAAAUUAGGAUGUGCAUAAUUGUGUCUGUGUCCCGAAACCACUCUCUCUCCUUCACCACCCCCAGAAAGAUCCAGGUGUCCCUUGCCAUCCCUACGUUAUUGGGCUGACAGGCGGGUCCGGUAGUGGCAAGAGUUCCAUUGCGCAACAUCUGGUUCGCCUCGGUGCUUUCCAUUUGGAUAUGGACAGUCUUGGACACAACAUCUACCAUCCAGGAGGUCCUGUGUAUGCACAGGUGGUAGAAGCAUUUGGAACAGGUAUUUCAGACUUCCUGGAAAACAUUUUUUAAUGUCAGGGAGACUAGUAAAUUAAGUUGCAUAGGUAGUGCUUCAGGAAUUACAGCUAAACAAUGUUUGGUUAUCUUCGUCCCCUAGCCCACAGCCUGGCUGCUUUUUGUCUCUAGAAAUUAUGUAUGCCCCCAUCCCAAUUCCGGACCUAGUUUUCCCUUUUCUAUUUCUCUUCUUUUUGUUUUUAACAAAAGUUGCAUUGUUCAUCAACAUGUUAUUGCUGACAGUUUCCCCCAAACAGUUAGAAAGUUUGUGAACAUGCAAACUCUGGUUUGAUGUGAAUGAUUUUCUGUAGCGCUUCUUUCCUACUGCUGCUGUGCUGCAGACAAAACAAGACAGAGUCUGGCUUGUUACGUUGUCUGAACCAGGGCUCAUGGUUUGUUCCCACACAAAAAAAUACGAGCAGAAAGCCAGCAGCAAACCUUGGAGUUCGGAUAAUACAAGUUGAGCUCUGACUUGUUUUGUUUGUGGAGCAGCAGGAGUGGGAGAGGAUCACAGGAAUUUUUCUGGCUCACAUGAAACCAUGGUUUGUUUUAAACUAUGGUUUCAUGUUACAUGCAGACUGAACCAUUGUAGGUAAAAUGUUAAUAACUGUAUAGCAGUGUUUCUAAAAUGGUGGGCCAGGGAAAAGAAAGGAAUGGUUGUAGGAAGCUGCUGUAAGAGGAAGAGUUUGAGUGUGAAAGGACCUAGAAAGAGGGAUGAAAGGCACUGGCAGGUUGUGGUGGGGAAUAAGGGCCAAUGAAAAGAGAACAGGAGAAGAAAUUACAGAAGAUGAGUAAAAAUACUUUGAGAUGCCAGGGGAUGGGGGGCAGGAAGGGGAAAAUAUAAAAUAGAAAUAUUUUCUACUUAUUACCUCUGGGUUAGCAAAUUCUGCCUAAAAUAUGGAGGCUGUCACAGUAUCUCCUGAUCAAAUGCCUGCAUUUAGCUCUAGGAAAGCUGAGCUAUGGAACCCCUUGCCACCAGAAAAAUGCUGAGACAUUUCCAAAGAGAGCUUAGAUACCAAGAAAAAUGAUGUCUGUAAUUGCCAGCAGAUUAGGCCAAACUCUGCUUCCAUUGUCACCAUGUUGUGACUGAAUUCACUCUUGCACCACUUUUUUGUUACUUGCGGGCCUCAGUAAUUUUUCAGUCCUGUAAAGUGGGGCCUUGGGUAGAAAGUUUGAGAUCCCCUGCUGUACGGAACCAAGAACAAGUAACACCGUUCCUUCUUUGCAGAUAUUUUGAAAGAAGAUGGAACCAUCAACAGACAAAUCCUGGGGGCCAAAGUGUUUAGAGACCAGGUAAAAAGCCCUCUGGGUUUGGGAUCAAUGUUUAACUUCAGCCACCACACCCCUCCCUCUCCCAAUUGGCCAUCAUUUGUUUUGUUCCCCUUUGUGCCUCUGACGCUAGCUUGCCUCUUCAGUCCACAAAACUAACAGAACCCUUUCACCUCUGUUCUCAGAAUGUUUUCCUCUUUUGUGGGUGAAAGGUACUCAAUGGGGAGUAGUGCAUGCUGGAACAAUUUCUCGCUGUACAGUAUGCACAGUUUGACCCUUAGACUGGGCACUUUAGUGCUAGAAAUAGUGCAAGUGCAUGCUGGGAUACCUCUUCUCUUUUACCAUGUUUCACAUCCCACUGAUCUGUUAGCCAAAGGUGCUCUGCUCUGGGAUUUCUGCACUGAUGUGUGUUUUUCUCUAGCCCCCUACCCACCCAUGUCUUAUCUUGGGCUGUUACCACACACACAACCCAGAUUAGUUUCUUGACCAACAGCUCUCCUUUGCCUUGGGAUCCUUACUUGCUUUUGUUCCCUCUCCCCAGGAGCAGUUGACGCGGCUCAACAAUAUCAUGUGGCCAGUGAUGGCUCGAAUAGCAAAAGAAAAGAUAGACGAGGCAGCUGCACAGGGUGAGGAGGGAUUUGGGUUCUUGGCAGGAGUUGUGGGUGGGGAUUCGGGGAUAAAUAGGUGCAUGAAGGGGCUGCCAUCUUGGCUUUUUCAAACAGGUGUUGGUAAUCUACAGGGGCUAUUUCCAAUCAUUUAACAUGGAGCCUAGCCACCAAAGAAGCUUUUUCUGGCAUAUCUUUUUAAAAUACUGUCCUCCAGUCAGUUUGGAAAUGGCUUAAAACAUGGGUAGGCAAACUAAGGCCCGGGGGCCGGAUCCGGCCCAAUUGCCUUCUAAAUCCAGCCUGCGGACAGUCAGUGUGUUUUCACAUGAGUAGAAUGUGUCCUUUUAUUUAAAAUGCAUCUCUGGGUUAUUUGUGGGGCAUAGGAAUUCGUUCAUUCCCCCCCCCCCCCAAAAAUAUAUAGUCCGGCCACCCACAAGAUCUGAGGGACAGUGGACCGGCCCCCUGCUGAAAAGGUUUGCUGACCCCUGGCUUAAAAUAAUAAUUGUCAGGGACCGUGCUAGGGAGGGCUGCACUGAGGAGGAAUGGUGGGAGCCUCCCCCUCCCACUGAUCCUGAUCCUGAUCCUGAAUCUUACCAGGAACAGGAGGACAGUAUAGAUUUGGAAUAGUGGUUUGCCAAGGGACAUAGUUCAGAAGGCAGAGGCUGGGAAGUACUGGAUGGGGAACAGCUAGGAGAAGAAACACUGGGAAGAGAGAGGGUUAACAGAUUCACAGUCUCGCAUUCACCCCCCCCCCUUCCCCAAAGUUAAUGGAGAGCUCAGAAAGUGGCAGAACAAAGCACAGAUGGUACAAGAUCAGAUUACAAGAUGUAGAACAGAAGGGGGUGGGAUCCUUAAUUGGGAGAUGUGUUCUUUGUUCUCUCAUUGUGGUUAUUAAAGUUUCUAACUGGUAAGAAGACUCCUUUUCCUUUGUUCUGCUUAUCUACUACCACAGGGGUGGGGGUGGGGUAGGAAGUCAAUUCCCUGAAGUCUGACAAUAAUAGCACAAAUAUAGGAUGGUACCUCACACCCAGUCAGGGCAUUGGCUCAUCUAAUUCAGUACUGCCUACACGGACUGGCAGCGGUUAUCCUGGUGGGGUUUCAGACAAGGGUAUUGUACAGCCCUACCUGGAAAUGCCUGGGAUUGAACCAGGGACAUUUUGCAUGAAAAGCACGUUCUCUACCACUGAGCCUUUCCCACAUAAGGUGGGGCAAACCCAAGUCCUGCGUCCCUUCUGUCAUUGGAAGGAAUUCUUUUCCUGCCUGUCCUUGGAAGUUUCUCAAAGCUGCCCCUGUCUGUUCUGCAGGAAAUGCUGUGUGUGUGCUGGACGCAGCCAUGUUGUUGGAGGCAGGCUGGGCAGACUUGGUGCACGAGGUCUGGACAGUUAUCAUCCCGGAAGAUGAGGUACGUACUGUUUUUCUCUGUGUCAUUUCUGCAGCUGAAGCAAAACGAUUCCACUUCUGUCUCUCUCAACAAUUUAGUACAUGGCGUUUUCAAUGCUGGACCAAAAGCGUAGCAGACACAAACUGAUUUUUGAGUGAUUUAUUAUUAUUAUUUUGGUUGGACAAACUUGCUGGAGUAUGCAGGAACCCAGCUAGGCAAAGGCUGUCUAAAACUCAAAAGCUCAUUGUUUGUUUACUUUGGUUGUAAAUCGCUUUGAGACUUACAAAUGUAAUAAACCUGAACCUCAAAGCUUAUACAAUCCAUGAGGGCUGCAUCAAAUAUUGUGGCUUUCUUAUGCAGAAAGCACUUCUGUGCAGGGAAAACAUGGAAACUGCCUUUAGAUUAUAGGUUGGGGAACCUUUUAUUUAUUUAUUUUACAACGUGCACUUUGCUGUGUGUACAUGGCAGUGAAAUAGAUGAGUGUAUGCAAAAGUGCUUUCCAUAUGUAGAAUGUUUACUCUGAAUAGUAGUAGUAGUAGUAAUAAUAAUAAUAAUAAUAAUAAUAAUAAUAAUACCAUGCCCAUCUGAUUGGGUUGCCCCAGCCACUCUGGGUAGCUUCCAACAUAUAUAAAAACAUAAUAAAACAUUAAAAAGCUUCCCUAUCCAAGGCUGCCUUCAGAUGUCUUCUAAAGGUUAUAUAGAUAAUCAUCUCCUUGACAUCUGAUGGGAGCGCAUUCCACAGGGUGGGUGCCACUGCCGAGAAGGCCCUCUGCCUGGUUCCCUGUAGAAAGAUACGCUUCUAAUCAGUUUCUGUCUUCUCUCUGUUUCAGGCCCUAAGACGCAUUGUAGCCAGAGACAGGCUCAGUGAGGAAUCUGCCAGGUUGCGCCUGCAAAGCCAAAUGUCCAACAGCCAGCGCGUGAAACAGUCACACGUGGUUCUCUCCACAUUGUGGGAGCCAGCAGUUACCUGUGAGCUGGUAAGAGUCUGCUGCUGCCGCUACUCAAGAAACCACCCCGCAGCUUCCCUUAUAAGCAUCCCUUUUCUGAGCCCCUUCCCUGUCAACCUUCCCAAAUAAUCAAUCACCUGUCCUUUCUUCACAGGUAGAAAAGGCUUGGGCCCUGCUCCAGAAACGCCUCAAAGAGGAGUAGAGCUUUGAACCGAGAUGGAAUCACUUCUUCACUCUGCUCCUUCGGUGCUGCCGGUCUGGAAAAGUCUACGGCAGGUGGGCCCCACCCCGACGAGGGGCCACAGAUGAGGGUGGAGGUGGGGGGAAAGGGGAGUUCAAAAUGCUUGAUGGUGAGAGGACAGAGCUGACCUCCCUCUGCUUCCCCCCCGGUUGCAAAAAGGCUGAGGGAGAGGCAUGAAGAAGUGAGGGGUGAGGGGCUGCCUGAUGGAGUAAGAAGGAGCAGCUUUUAGCAUCCAAAGCCAUUGAUGGGUUUCAUGAUUCUGAUGGAGACCAACCUUUCAGCAGCACGACUGACCAACGACGACACUCGGAGGUCACAGGGGUGGGGAGGGGCUGCUCUGCUUUAGCCCACCACUGCUCUGUCGGUGUGCCCUGUGCAUAAGCUACACAUAAAGACGACAUCUCUCGACAGCUUCGUCUCUGUGUGGUUGUGCCUGACACCUUAACACCUGGUGGGGAUAUCUCUUUGUCUGUUCCACAGCGGUUGGCGAACAAGUUCUUCUCUUUUUGCAGUCAUCAAAACAUUUGUGGCAGAGCGGGGAAAGCUAAAGAUGCAUUUUCUUGAUCUGAGCUUGUACCAGAUUCUAUGGUCCCAGUAAACUGCUUUGACAACCCUCCCACGUAUGCAAAGCUUUUGAAAACAAAA